GCCGCAGCUCCAGGAUGGUGAGCGCCGCUGCCCCCCAGCCCCGGCCUGUAGCCCUCGGCCCGCGCCCGGGCCCCGGGGCCGGACGCCCCCCCAGGCCGCGUACGCUCAGCUAGGAACCGGCCGGGAUGCCGAGCUCUGUCGAAGAUGCACUGGACACCGGAACACGCCCAGCCCCUCAACCAGUGGCCAGAGCAGCACCUGGACGUCUCCUCGACCACCCCGUCGCCGGCGCACAAGUUGGAGCUGCCCCCGGGGGGUCGCCAGCGCUGCCACUACGCCUGGGCCCACGACGACAUCUCCGCCCUCACCGCCUCCAACCUCCUCAAGCGCUACGCCGAGAAGUACUCGGGGGUCCUGGACGCGCCCUACGAGCGCCCCGCCCUGGGCGGCUACAGCGACGCCGCCUUCCUCAACGGCGCCAAGGGGGACCCCGAGCCGUGGCCAGGGCCCGAGCCGCCCUACGCACUGGCUUCGCUCCACGACGGCCUCGCGGGCACCACCCCCAAGGCCAGCGGCGGGGGCGGCUCGGGGGCGCUCGGGGGCUCCCCGGUCCUGGCCGCGAACCUGCCUGAGCCCCUCUACGCCGCGGGCAACGCGUGCGGGGGCCCGUCGGCGGCGCCGGAGUACGCGGCGGGCUACGGCGGCGGGUACCUAGCCCCGGGCUACUGCGCCCAGACGGGCCCCGCGCUGGCCCCGCCGCCGCCGCCGCCCGCCGCGCUCCUGCAGCCGCCGCCGCCGCCGCCCCCGCCGGGCUACGGGCCCCCCGCGCCGCUCUACAACUACCCCGCGGGGGGCUACGGCGCGCAGCCCGGCUACGGGGCCCUGCCGCCGCCGCCCGUGGCGCCGCCCGCCGCGCCCUACCUGCCCUCCGGCCUGGCCGCGCCCACGCCGCUGCCCGCGCCCGCCGCCGCCUACGGCUUCCCCGCCGCCGGCCCGGGGCCCGACACGCCCGCGUCGCUCAAGCGCAAGGCGGCCGACGAGGGCGCCGAGGGCCGCUACCGCAAGUACGCCUACGAGCCCGCCAAGGGCCCGGCCGCGGCCGCCGACGGCGCGCUCUACGCGGCCGCGGACGGCGGCGAGUGCCGGGGCAACGGGUUCCGGCCCAAGGACGCCCCGCUCAAGGCGCUGGGCGCGCCGGGCUACGGCCCGCCGCUCGAGCCCUUCGACAAGUUCCCGGCGCCCGCGGGGGCCCCGGAGCCCGGCGCGCUGGAGCUGGCGGCCAGCCGGCUGGUGGACCGCGGGCCGCCGGUGCAGUGGGCCGACGUGGCGGGCCAGGGCGCGCUCAAGGCGGCGCUGGAGGAGGAGCUGCUGUGGCCGCUGCUCCGGCCGCCCGCCUACCCGGGCGGCCCGCGGCCCCCGCGCGCCGUGCUGCUCUUCGGCCCGCGGGGCGCCGGCAAGGCGCUGCUGGGCCGCUGCCUGGCCACGCAGCUGGGCGCCACGCUGCUGCGCCUGAGCGGGAGCGCGCUGGCCGCGCCGGGCGUGUCCGAGGGCGCGCGCCUGCUGCAGGCGGCCUUCGCGGCGGCCAGCUGCCGCCCGCCCGCCGUGCUCCUGCUCAGCGAGCUGGACGCGCUCCUCCCCGCGCGGGACGACGGCGCGGCCGGCUCGCUGCAGGCGCCGCUCCUGGCCUGCCUGGACGGCGGGCCCGACGGCGGCGUGCUGGUGGUGGGCACCACGUCGAGGCCGGCGGCCCUGGACGAGGCCACGCGCCGGCGCUUCGCGCUGCGCUUCUACGUGGCGCUUCCCGACGGCCCGGCCCGGGGGCAGAUCCUGCAGCGGGCGCUGGCCCAGCAGGGCUGCGCGCUGAGCGAGCGGGAGCUCGCGGCCCUCGUGCAGGGCACCCAGGGCUUCUCCGGGGCCGAGCUGGGCCAGCUGUGCCAGCAGGCGGCGGCCGGCGCGGGCCUCCCGCGGAUGCCGCGGCCCCUCUCCUACAAGGACCUCGAGGCCGCCCUGGCCAAGAUGGGCCCCAGGGCCUCCCCCAAGGACCUGGACUCGCUGGUAGAGUGGGACAAGAUGUACGGCUCUGGACACUGAUGCUGACGCUGCCGGACACGGCCCGUGGUGUCCCCGGCUCCGCUGCGGCGCCGGGGGAGGCCACUUGACUUGAACCCCAAGGGGCUGGGAGGGUGCGGGAGUGAUGAAUGUGGCUGGGGGAGGGAAUGGGGCCCGCCGGUGACUUUUCUUGGGAAGGAAAAUGCUCCUGCUAGGCAGAUAGAGGCCAUAUGCUCUGUGUACUCAGGUUUUCCCUAUUUAUUGUGGACGGGAACUAGCCAUCUCUUCCACAGUUCCCCUCCCUCCCGUGGGCUGGGGUAGGCUGGGAUGGGCUGGCUCUCUGGGGCCAAAGGAACUCCUGUUCUCGCACCGCAAUCCUUUUCGUCUCCUCGCUGUCAGAAUGGCUCUCUCCUGCACCAAAAAGUAUCAUUUUCUGUUCCCUUGCCUUUGUAAUGGACCAUUGUCCACUCCCCCCAUGACCCCCAGUCCUAUUCUGCACUUCCCUCCUCCUCUCCAUCUCUCAACCAGCCCUGCCCUGUGCUUUCACUGUCUCUCUGCCUUCCGUCUGUCCCUCCCUGUCCAAGUCUGUUGUACCCCUUUGCAGGCAGGCGAGUUGGGGGUCCAGGGACCGGGAUAGUGUUCCCCCUUCCCGCUCACCUGAAACUGAGUCUAGAGACAGGGGAGGAUCAAGCAAAAGAAGAAAAAAGAAAAAAAAAAAGAAAAAAGAAAACAAAACAAUAACAACAACCAAUGAAACCAAUGCCCAAAGAAAGUUUUUUGUUUGUUUGUUUUUUAGGGGAUAUCCCAAUAAUAGUUUAAUACGUUAGGCCUCUUAUUUUUGUAAGAUGUGUAGAAUUUGUCAUUUUUCUUUUUCUUUUGACAACUCAGGAAGAAACUGACCUCAGAAAGAAUGUUAGACUUUGGCUGCUCUCCUAUGCCUCCCUCCUCUCACCCCCAGCACUUCUGCCCCAAGACUGAACCAGUGUGAGCUGGUGGUGAAGAGGAGAGGCUUCCCCUUCCCCUCAGGCAGAAUGUAACCCCCCUUCCUUGCGCAU